CGUCUUCCCCUCUAUUAAGCAUACCUUUUUGUUAGGGUUAAGCAUCCCUUUCUUUUCCUAUAAUAAUCGACAGCCAUAUCACAACCUUAUUCACUUCCUUGAAUCGGUGAUUCUCAAAUGAGCGAACCGGAAAUCACGACCCCAGCUCACACGCCGGAGCAAGACUCCGCUGCGCCGCAGGGCAAUCAAGACCAAACUGCCUCCAAGGCCGGAAUCUCAUUCAGCAUAUGGCCUCCCACCCAGCGAACCCGCGACGCCGUCGUCAAACGCUUAAUCGAAACCCUCUCUACGCCCUCCGUCCUCUCCAAGCGCUACGGCAUUAUGCUUCCUGACGAGGCUUCUACCGUCGCCGGUCAGAUCGAGGAAGAGGCUUUCACUGCUGCUGGUGGUUCUGCCUCCGCCGAGGAUGACGGCAUCGAUAUCCUCCAGGUCUAUUCCAAGGAAAUCAGCAAGCGGAUGCUCGAGGUUGUCAAGGCUAGAUCCGUUUCUUCCUCUCCUGUCGACAAUUCUGCCGCUCAGACCGCCACCUCUGAAGUUCCUGCUUCGCCAGCAGCCGAAGCGACCUCCGUGGCUGAGUCCGAUUCUUGAAUGUCCUCUGAUAGUAUAUCAGUGUGUCUGGUAAUGGUAUAUUGGGGUACCCUCAACGUGGGGUUAUAUCUCAUACCUAGAUCUACCAGUAGAUGUUUUAAAAUAUGCCGGUCGCGAUUAGAUAUUAUCCCUUGAACAUCCUGUGUUUUUUCUGGGAUUUGCUUCCAUUAUGUACCAAGUAACUUUUAUAUAUGCUCUCCACCUCGCAUCACGGUUUGCCGAUCCAGUUUUCUUUUCUCCGUU